AUGAACUCGAUCCCUUUCCAGGGCCACUGGGACUUCGAGAAGCUAUGGACUUGGUUCGAAAAUGAGGGAUCUAUGCAAGUUGCUAUUAUCACUGGUGCCGGUGAUAAGGCAUUCUGUGCCGGACAAGAUUUACUUGAGAUCGAAAAGAACGCGCUGAAUCCUCCUUCCGAGCCUUACUUGACUGGCCACCCUAAGUCAGGGUUUGCCGGUCUCAGCCAGAGGAAAGGAAAGAAGCCCGUCAUUGCUGCUGUGAACGGGUUCGCUUUUGGGGGUGGAUUUGAAAUAUGCUUGAAUUGUGACAUGGUUGUUGCUUCUCCAAAGGCUCGGUUCUCUCUACCUGAAGCGAAGCGUGGUGUAUAUGCCGCUGCUGGUGGACUGGCUCGUCUUAUGCGCAUCGUCGGGUUGCAGGUUGCAUCUGAAAUUGCGAUGACAGGCCGAGUUAUCUCUCCUGAACAAGGCAAAGCCUGGCAAUUUGUGAAUCGCAUCUCUAAAACACACGAGUCCUUGAUCGAAGAGACAUUGGAGCUAGCUAGGGAGAUCUCACAGUUGAGUCCUGAUGCUGUUAUCGUCACAAAGGCUGGACUUCGAGAAGCAUGGGAGACUGGAAAUGUUGAAGUUGCUGUAGGGAAUACGAGGGUCAUGUAUGAUAGGAAGCUUCAUGCUGGUGAGAAUUUGGCAGAAGGUCUUGCUGCAUUCCGAGAGAAGAGGAAGCCGAAGUGGGUCAAGUCACAGCUGUGA